ACCAACAGUCAGCUAAUAGCAUGUAUGCUAAGUGUGUAAACCCUGGUAGCUGGCUCUUUUAAACUAAUUUCUGGUUGCUAUAUAAUUCCGUUGCUUUCUCGUAUGAAAAUUGAGACAAACGACAACAUUUCUUGAUUCUAUUAGUUGCUGUGUCGGGAUUUAUUAAUUAUUACUUUUACCAUAUUUGGCGUGAACAUGACAUCUGCUUAGAUUGGCUUGCCUGCUUGCUUGGAGGUGCAGCGUGAGCUCGUUGUGCCACAGGGGAUGGAUCCUCUGGGUGCUCGCUCCCAGUUUGUGGAUAUCCAGACUCUUCCAACAUGGCAGCAGCAGCCGGGCGAAGAUGAUGAGAACAUACCGCUGGACCAGAGCGACAGCCUGCUCAGCCAGCAGUUCCCCUCGCCUUUUCCCGUAAGACCAGAGAUCAACCGCAAGAUCAUCCUCUUCACUGGCGACGUUGCCCUGUUGAACUGCACCGCCGUCGUGAACACAAGCAACGAGUCGCUAAAUGACAAGAACCCGGUUUCUGACAGCAUCCAUCAGCUGGCUGGACCCGAGCUGCGGGACGAUCUCCUCAAACUCAAAGGAUGUCGGACAGGGGAGGUGAAGCUGACCAAAGGCUUUAAUCUGGCAGCGAGGUUCAUCAUCCACACGGUCGGGCCAAAGUACAAAGCCAAGUACAGGACGGCGGCAGAGAGCUCGCUGUACAGCUGCUACAGGAACAUCAUGCAACUGGCCGUGGAGCAGUCGAUGACGUCUGUCGGCAUCUGUGUGGUGAGCACAACAAAAAGAGGUUACCCACUGGAGGAUGCUACACACAUUGCUUUCAGAACAGUGCGCCGGUUCCUGGAGAAUCAUGGAAACAGCAUUGAGACGGUGGUGUUCGCAGUGUCCGAGACAGAGGAGUCUGUGUACAAGAAGUUACUCCCUCUGUAUUACCCUCGCUCUGAGGAAGAGGAGAAAGCCUGCCUGCCUCUCAUCCCAGCCGACAUUGGCAACUCUGAGGGGGAACCCGUCGUCCCAGAGAGACAGAUCCGCAUCACAGAGAAACCAGGCACCCUGGAAGUCCAAGCUGGAGCUUCCCUGCAAUUAGCAGACGACUGUGAAGAGGAGAGCCUGGAACUGGAUCUGGGUCAGGUGGGGAAUCACGCCUUCGCCAGGAUGGAAGGUGAUGUGGACAAACAGCGGAAGUUGAUCCUACAGGGCCAGAUGUCAGAGGCAGCCAUGCAGAAACAGCACCAGAGAAACUACAGUCGCUGGCUGGGCCGAGCGAGAGCGGAGGAUCUGUCAGACAUCGCUGCUCUGAAAGCCUUAUAUCAGACUGGUGUGGACAUGUGUGGCAGGACAGUGGUGGUUGUGGUUGGACGAAACAUCCCGGUGACCCUCAUCGAUCUUGAAAAGGCACUGUUGUACUUCAUCCAUGUGCUGGAUCCCAUCACAGUGAAGGAUUAUGUGAUUGUUUAUUUCCACACGCUGACCGAAGAGCACAACCAUCUGCACGCUGACUUCCUCAAAAACCUCUAUGACAUCGUCGAUACAAAGUUUAAAAAGAAUUUAAAGGCUUUCUACUUUGUUCAUCCAUCAUUUCGCUCAAAGGUCUCAUCAUGGUUCUUUACCACCUUCAAUGUGUCUGGAUUAAAAGACAAAAUCCGCUUCAUGGACAACCUGUCGCAGCUCUUCAGCUGCAUCAAACCCGAGCAGAUCGACAUCCCUCCGUUUGUCCUGGAGUACGAUGCUCGAGUAAAUGGACCCUACCAUCCCUCCUAGGCUUCCAGUCUGUGAAAGAUCAGUUGGACCUAUCUGCUUGGCCAGUGAAGGAGAAGGCAAGCUGUCAGUUGAAAGCCAUUAAUGGACGUUGUGUUGCCCAUGUGUUUGAACUCUGGACUUCUUUAAGGCUCUGGACCUGAGUGGGAAACCACAGCUGCUGUUGUGUUCCUCCUACAACAGACAGAAUAAAGUUGCAGCUCACAGUUUGUGCUCGCUCGUCAUCAUCCAUCAUACACAGUUUGUUGGACUGGUGUAGUUUGUGGAUUAUGCCUUACACAGAGAGUUCUUUAAAGAUUCCUACACAUGAAGAGUCAUGUCAUGCCUUAUGUGAUACUUGAACCUUUUCUGUUAUGUUGUCAUAUGUUUCUGAAUGAUCCUGGAAUGAGGCUCAGAAGAUGACAUCCGUCUGCAGCGUCACUACAUUUCAUACCAACAUAAAAGAAAAGCAGAAAAGACGAGAGGCGAUUAUUUGCUGAGAGAUUAUAAGAAAAUAGAAAACAACUGCUCCUCAACUUGUGUCGUUCUAUGUUGGCCAGCUGAUACUAUCAUCACAUCAUCACUCACUUGUGUGCAAAUGGGAUUCACAGCCAGUUAACUCAGCUUUAAACCAAGAGAGAGGUGAGAGGAUUUAUUUUUCCACAGACACAAACUUUAAUGGUAUUGCUGAACUUUAAAAAGGUGGCGUUUUCAUUCAUUUAAGCAGAAGCAGGAAGCUGUAGCUCCACACCGAUGAGCAGAUCUCCCUCAUAUACUUCUGGAAGGAAGACAAACAAGCUUUUUUUCUGGAAAUUUUGACCUAUUGCCAACAGCUUUUAAAGGUGGAUGUUGGUGACAAAAAAACUCCUAAUUGCAUCAAAAAUCUUGUUUUUUUUUUUUCUCUAUCCUUAAAUUCAAGUAGUCAAAUCAAUAAAUAUUUAAUGAGCUGACCAUUUGUAGCAUUAACAAAAGAUGCUCCAAUUGUUCAAAUGUGUGAAUUUGGAGGCUAUUAAAGAGAUUUUCUAUACACUGAUUGAACUUAAUACACCUUAGACCUUUAAGUCAUAAGUUAUAAAAGGUGUAUUUGAUUUACUGCAUGUUUAAAAAAAAUAAGAUACAGAUCUGAGGUAUAAAUAAUCGUUUUCCCUCCCCUUUAACACAGUUAUGAUUUCUGAGAUCAGUCUUUAUUAUUUGAUACUAACUUAAUUCAUUUAUUCACUUCCUAAUUGUCUUACAGUUGUAUGUAUUUUCCCAUGAAAUGACAAUAUUUUGAGGUUCAGUAUUUGCCUUUUUUGUUCUUGAAGGUACAAAGGCAAACAGAGUUCACUCUCGUCCUUAUAUCAUGCUUUCCUCUGUUUUCCAAGGAGUAUCACAUUUUUGUACGGAUGUCUGUUAAAUAGCACGUUGGAGUUGUGCAGGUAGCUCUGCUUUACUUGUGAGUUUCCAAAACUUAGAUUUAACUUCCAGACAUGUUGGUUAACCUUAUCAGGAUGGUACCAAAUCCAAUAAAAAACAUUCCUGUGAUUUUUCUGGAAUUUAAAUCAAUAUGUAGCAGACUCCACCGGCUAGUAGUCCGUUUGUGAUUUCACCUGCACUCAGUCAUGUCUGCGCGAGCCUCUCAGGGUACAGCUGACUGUAGACGUCCUCACCAACAAACACAACACAGAAAAGUCAUUUCACUACAUCAAACUGAAACUUCCAGGUUUUGUUAUAAGUAUUUUACUGUUUUUGGAGUUUGCAGGUUUAAGCGUCACAGGUUAAAAAACAUUGGUGUAAUUAUUUGUUUUAAGUCUGUCACUAUGUUGAGAUGAACUUUGUAGUCUAGUUGAACUAAAUGAUCUUUUACGUCUUGAUAGUUAGAAUUUUCCACGUCUUGACAAAUUGCCACAUUUUUUACAGAAAUAAAGAAUUACAUGCUAAAAAUGUUAGAAGAAACCUGUUGUCAGUUUAUGAAAUGAGAGAAACUACUUGAUGUCACUGAAGCAUCAGCUGAAGCUCGAAUUCACUGUUAGAAAUGUGAUUAUUUCAGAAUGUAUGUAAAUGAGCCAAAGCUUUGAUUUCAUGGAUUUUUUUUUUUUUUUACUUUACACUAAUUAAAAUGCUUUUCCUC